AUGAUCACUCCAGGCAGGGUGAGACUUGGACGGCCAGGAAAGGAUGAAAGCCACGUUUCCAACGUUUCACUUCCAGAUCCUGAUCCUCCUGAUCUUCCUGUGCCGGACGAUCUUGGUUUGCGUCCUGACGCGCAUGGCCGAAUAGAUGAGACGCCUGCUCUGGUCAGCGGGAUGAGCAGCUCCAGUGACUCUGGUGACAGUGCAGAGUCACAGACAGAUAUAGAUCAGACAGAACUUCAGAGGCAGGCAUUGCAUUCGAAGGUUGCAGAGAAGCUUUCAAAGAUGGAUGUCAUCAAUCCUGAGGUUUUGAGGGUAACACCUGCAUAUCGGGCUUUUGAGCGGAAGAUCAUGACUUUGAUUAGUUUUUACAGCGGGGCCGCAGCUGUGAUCUUGGGCAGCCUGGUGGCUGUUCUGAUGAUGUUUCUCUUUGGCUUUGCCGAUCUCCCUGCCUGGUACCGGAUCGAAUCCAACGGCGUUGGCCACGCGCGUUGGUCACUGUGCUUUGGCUUUCUGGCCACUUCUGUGGCGAUGCUGUUCUGGCGGCCUCAAGAUCGGGUGUUCUUGGACAGGAUUUGUAUUCAUGAAAAAGACUUGACACUGAAAACUCAAGCCAUCUUAAGCUUGGCUGGGCUGCUGAAAAAGUCCGAUUUGAUGCUCAUUCUUUGGGAUCCAACCUGGACAGAGCGGAUGUGGUGCUUGUUUGAACUUGCAGCCUUCUUAAAAAGCAGAAAGGACCAUGUGAAUGAAUCAGGGAAUGCUUUUCUUUGUGACCGGCUGUUGGUGAAGAAAUGUGUAAAUGUGUGGUUUGGUAGCCAAGAAGCUUUCGAGGAAACUGUACGUUCAGAGGUUCUGGACAUCGUGAGCAGGGAUCUGACUCACGGAGUUUUCACCAGCAAGUCGUGGGUUCUUGGAGUCACGGUUCCAAUCCUAUGGAGCUUCAUGGACAUGGCGGCCUCCAAAACCAUCGUUUCUGCACGAAAUUUAUGGCAUUAUCGAGCCUUGAAUUAUUUCUUGAAUGGCUUGGCCAUUUGGCUGACCAGCACGGUCCUCACACUUCGAGACUUUGAACAGGGCUUGAGGCGACUGAAGUGCACCAAGUUCAAGGGUCGACGAGAGAUGGAACAGAUCAUGGGCUACUUGGACCCCAGCGGUGAGGGCCAAGUCUCUCGCAAUGAGUGGGGCAUGCUGGAGCUGUGCCACAAAGAGAUGGUAUACUCAAUCAAGGCUGCUUGGGCGGUCUUUGACCUCAAUGGGGACAACUUCAUCUCUGAACAAGAAUGGACAAGUGUUGCACGGUCGUCCUCCUAUUUUGGUCCCACUCUGCCCAUCUUCCGCUUCUUGGAUAAAGACGAUGAGGGUACCAUCUCCUUUGAGGAGUUCGAGGAGCUACAGAAGUUUCACGAGCCACCAAAACCAGAUUUGCAGGCAUCGAGGGCGUCAGACAGCGAGGGCAGCAUUCAAAUUCGCUGGAAGUUGCCCAUCCUGCACUCACGUUGCUUUCGGCUGGAAGAGAAAUUGCCACUUCCAUUUUUUUCUUUCCUUACCCGCGGGAUUGUAGCAGCAAUGGAAAGAAGGCGUCGUUCCAUCACACUGUGCGGUCUCUUGUCCUUUCCUCUCUUCUGGCCUCAGUGCUUUCUGAUCGAUAGCUUGGCCACCAGCCAGUGCAAAGUACUGCAGGAGAGGGAAAGUGGCUCCACAGUGUGCUUAGUUGGCUGCAUCCUGGCAUCCAAACAUUGGGCUACACCGAAGAUCACCAAAUUAUGGAAAAUCUAUGGCCAUUUGUAG